ACCCUGGGUUGAGAUAAGGCGGGGUAUAUAAAGCGCGCCGGGUCUGUCAGCUGGCAAUUUUACUUUUCAUCGUCUUGUUGAUUGGAGCCGCAAGAUGAGAUUUUGCAUCCUUCUCCUUACGGUAGCCAGCGCCUUGGCCUGGCCCGUAGCCUUUAGGGGCGACGAGCAGCAAUGCCCUCCUAUGAGCGACAGGCUGUUCGAGUCCGGCUCCAGCUACCUACUCAAAUACGACACCUCAGUAUCCACCCUGAUUCAGGGCACCAGCCAUGAGGUCACCGGCAUGAACAUCGACUGCGACGUCUUAAUAGAGGCCCACUCGGACUGCAUGCUGGUCCUGAAGACUGAGAAAUGCAAUCUCAAGAACGUUGAGGGAGACCGCCUACCCAACAACAGGCAGUUCUCCCAGUCAAUGACCGAGCACGAGGUUGUGUUGAGAAUGGACAAUGGCAAGCUGGUCGAGAUGUACGCCCACCAGGACGAACCCGUCCACAUCUUGAACAUCAAGAGGGGUAUCGUCAGCAUGCUGCAGCAUGAUCUCAGUGAGGAGACGACCGUCUCUGAGACGACCGUCAACGGAAACUGCACCUCCAAGCGCGUGGUUAUCGACCGCUCCAAGCUUGGCCGCGCCCAGGAAGUCUCCAUCUCCACUGACCUCAACAACUGCAGCCGUCCCCAACAGAAGGCUGUUACGCUCUCCCCAACUUCAUUCCUCACCAGCGUGCAAAUUGCCAACAACUUCAUCAACUCAACCAGGGUGUGCAGCUACGAGCUGCGUGACGACAACGUCAAGAAGGUUAACUGCAGGGAAAGCCACGUCUUCAAUCCAUUCAGCUAUGACGGACAGCGUGGUGUCAUGUCUUUCGUCCAGCAGGAACUCAAGUUCAAGGAGACAACCAAGAUGAACUCCAUCCUGAAGCUCAAGGACACAAUGAUCAAGAAGGACCUCAUGUACGAAUUCGAGGAACAGCAGCAGUCUGCCGCUGAGAGUGCCGUGCAUGCCGCUGCCGUCUUGGAUGAGCUUGUCCGUGGUUCCCUUGAUGAAGUCCAGUUUGACUCGGCCCGCCUCUUCGGUGAAUUUGUGGUCAACCUCCGCACCCUGAACUACCCAACUCUGAAGCAGUUCUUUGACAAUGUCAGAAGCCAAGAUGUGGAGAUUGCCAAGACCUACAUGUACGACGCUCUUCUGCAGUGCGGCAGCAUCCCCUGCUUCAAGGUGAUGAAUGACCUGAUCAUUGACGAGACCGUACCAUCUCCCAUCUCCGACGCCAUCAUGUACGUCAUGGCCUUCCGCCAGUACCCUCCUCUGACCCUGAUCGAGGAGAGCCUGCGCAUUGCUCAGACCCAUAAGAGACAGUCCGUCCUGCUGCCCCUCAGUAUCAUGGUCCACAACUACUACAUCCAGCAAGAGGCUGAGCUGCAAGAUGCUCGCAGGCUCCCCGAUCCCUUGAAGGAGUCCAUCCGUCUGGUGCGUGACAUGCUCGGCAGAGACUGUUCCAUCCCGGAUGAGAUCCAAGGAGAGGAGAGGAUUGAGCAGAAUCGCCGCAUUCUCCUGGCCCUGAAGAGCAUUGGCAACAUGGGUGAGGCCGUCCAGAAGUUCGACAGCGAUGAGUUUUACACCUCGGAGCAGAUUGUACCUCGCUUGAAGGAUUGCAUUGCCCGCAAAGACCUGCACCACAACACCACCAUGGCUGCUAUCCAGGCAUUCCGUCGCUUCAACAUCCCAAGCACUGAUGAGAAGAGAGUCCGCAAUGCUCUGAAGGAAGUGUUGGGUGACUCCUCCAGGUCUGUCCACUCUCGUAUCGCUGCCUACCUGAUGAUCAUGCGUAGCCAUCCCUCCGUGACCGACCUGGAAGCCAUCGUUGAGAUCAUGCUGAACGAGCCUCUCAUGCAGGUCAAGGCUUUCGUCUUCUCCCACAUUGAGAAUGUCUUGGAGUCUGAGGAGCCCCUGGUUCAAGACCUUAAGAGGAAGUUCAUCGCUGCCAUGGGCAACCGCCAACUCCCAGAGUACCCCAAGGAUCCGCUGCGCUACUCCCGCAACAUCGAGAAGUCCAAGGCCAUCACUGUGCCGUACCUGAACAAGACCAUGGCCACGCAGCUUGAGUCCAACAUCAUCUUCAACCCGGAGCACUACCUGCCUCAUCACGUCAUGCUUAACACCACCAUCAACGUCCUCGGACAGAGCUGGAACCUCUUUGAGGCUGGUGCUGAAAUGCAAGGCUUUGAGCCAGCCCUGGAAGCCUUCUUCGGCCCCAUGGGCUACUACCCUGAUGACAUCCUGGGCAGCCUCUUCAAGAACAUGGACACCACGAUCCUGUCCAAGAUUUGGGAGGCCUACACCUUCCUGGUUGAGGAGGCUAAGAUCACAAUCGAGGAGCUCCGCAGCACCCCGUGGGCUGAUAUGAACGAACUCCUCCUGGCCAAGCUGAGAGAAGCCAAGCAAACCAUCCUGGACAAGUUCAGCCUGACCAGACCCACUGGGAUGCCCGCGACUGAGAGUCCAAUGACCGAGCAUAUGAAUGAGAUCCUCCGACAGGCCCUGCCCGCUGAGUUUGAGGACAAGCUGAACAGGAUCCACAACAUGAUCCCCCAGGAGCCCCAGAUGCCCCAUGCCUCCGUCUACAUCAAGAUGCUGGGUAACGAACUGGGCUAUGUCAGCCUGGAGGACAUCAAGUCCAUCAUCCCCAAGCUGAACUUCAGCGUUGAGAACAUCAAGACUGUGGCCAAGAAGUAUGCCCAGGAACUGAUGGACAAUGUUGCUGACGGAAUCGAGAAGAAUAUCACUAAGAGCUUCAUCUUCUUGGAGCGCGACUUCAUCAUCCCCACCAGCGCUGGUCUGCCUCUCAACUGCUCAGUCAACGGAACCGCCGUGCUCAGCCUGCGCAUGCGCGCUGCUCUGGGUUUCGAGCCCAUGACCAUGAAGGCCUAUGCUUCUGGCAGGAUCAGCCCAAGUGCCUCUGUGGAGGUGAUCGGUACCAUGGGAGUCAACGUGCCCAUCCUGGGUGAGGCUGCCGUCCUGGCCAACGCCACGGCCUACCACGCCUCACACAUCGAGGGUAACGUCACGCUGAAUGGUGCCCACCUCAAGCUGAACCUCAACAACACUGACAGACCCAUGAACCUCUUCAACUUCUCCACCAACUACUUCCUGAUCAAGCCUGAUAGUGGCAUCCAGUGGAUCCCUGGCGUACAACAGGACCGCGUGGAAGUCAAGAAAUGUGUUGGAGUCACCAAGCAGGUUCUGGGUGUUGACCUUUGUGUCGCUUGGGCCUACCCCAAUGCCAGCUAUGUCGACAUGGCUCCUCGCUUCCCCAUCACGGGCCCAAGCAGCUUUAACAUCACACUAGACAAUACCGACAAGGCUCUGAAGACAUACACCCUGGAGUUCCAGUACAAGAUGCUGAAGAAGGGAGGCAGCCCGGCUAAGAAGACAUUGAGCAUGAUCGCCAAGAGGAAGCCCAGCCAACACCCGGCUGAGAUUACCGAUGUCAUCCUGGUCAAUUUCACUGCCCCUGGCGAGGAACUGACCAGAGAGAUCUCGUCUCUCAUCACCUUCAAUCGUGCCAAGUACGAGGCCAAGUGGAACUUCUCCAUCCCUGAGCUCCAGACCUAUGCCUUCGCCGGUCUUCUUAACCUCAAGGACCCGUCGACGUUCACCUCUGGCUUCCACCUGGUCGCCAAUGCCACCUCCGGCCCAGACUACAAGGCCUCCAUCUCCACCACUCUCAAGAACGUGACCACCUUGGAGAAGACCAACUACACCGCAGUCUUCAAUGCCUCGGUAAUGGACCUGUACUUUGCCAACGUUGCACAGUACGUCAGCACUGCUAACAACUGGAGAGCUAGCGCCACCAACUACUACUACUGGGAUGAUGAGACACCUCUGUACCAGCAGAUCCUCUUCCCCAAGUACGGCUACACCAUCAACCACGAGAAGUACCGUCAGAACACCGCGCUGAUCGAGUACAACAAGCAGGACCUGAGUGCCGAGAGCAGGAUCUCCGACUCCAGGAUCUUGCUGAGCGUCUUCGAGCAGAACCUGCAGGCAACCAGCCACAUUGAACGACACCAGGACAACUACAACAACGACAUGGAGCUCAAGUUUAACAACAGCCUUCUGGACAUCUCCAUCCUGAACUCCACCGUCUCCAGUGUGGAUACCAUCCUGGACCAGACCCACACUCAGAAGGACCUCAAGAUCUCCCUGAUCCGUCACAACAAGGCCAUUGUCUACGAUCACCAGAUGAUCUUCAGCCCCAAGGAGCUCAACAACACCAUCACUCUGGGCUACGAGACCACCGAAAAAGUCCUGAAGCCUGGCUUUGAGCUCUACAAGGACUGGUCUUUCAUGAAGCUGUACGGUGACAGGGCCUUCGCUACCACGACAAUCUCCUAUAAUGUCUCCACUGAGCUGUGCCUCCGCAAUGAGACCGUAGAUGCCAGUGAGCCCACGCCCGCCAUCUACAUGGCCUACCUGAAUGUCAGUCUGCCCCGCCCGUACAGCGAGGAGCGUCUGACUUUCAGCGUGAGCGGCCGCGUUGCCAACGAGACUCCCCUGGCCAAUAACUACUUCAGCUACUGGACCCAGUUCAACACCACCGUCCCAUCCCUCAAGUUCAAGACCACUACCCAGGGUGCUAUCCUGAGCUCUGAGAAGGACUUCAUCAUCCACCUGAAUGACACCACCAUGACGCUGGAUGAGCAGCCCCUGUUGGUCCUUGACUCUGACCUGGUCAGCAACACCGACAAUGGCAACUACUAUUCCUUCCGCAUCCUGACCCCAGUCUACAACUACACCUUCAACGUCACCUUGCACCAGGAUGAGGUCAAGGGAUGGGUUGUCGGCUACAACACAACCCACAACAACACCUACACCGAUCUGCUCAACAUGACCCAGACUGCCAACAUGACUUUCAGCCGUGAUGCUUUGUCCCUGAAUGCCAUGUUGUACCACCCAUGGCUCCAGGCCACUACAACCAAUGUCCUGACACCCAGUGGCCCCAUCAGGGAUUUCAGACUUGUUCACAUCAAGGAGUUUGCCGUGGAUGCCUACGACAAGACCAAGGAGCUCAACUGGGAGGGUCUGAAGCAGAUGACCACUAACGUUGUGAACAGUGUUCGCAGCUCCCGCUUGGAGCUGAUCAACACCGUCCACGCCAAGACACCAAGCCUUGUCAACCUCACCUUGGACAACUCCUUUGCUGUUGAUGGCAACCUCAUUUACAACGUCUUUGAGUUUGAGGUGAACCGCUCUAAAUGUGGAUCUGGCUUGAGGGUCAACACAUCUGUCUUGCUGAAUGAGGAGGGAUGGAGGAGCGGUCUGAGCUACCGUGUCAAGGGGCGUCGCAUGCCAGAGGUGACUGGUAACCACACUAUCAGCAUCCUCAGGGUCGACCCAAGCAACUUGGGGGUAGAUGUCCAGAAUGAUUUCUUGUUUGGCUCUCGUCUUGCCAAUCUCACCGUCAAUGGUGACUUCAAGAUCACAAGGAUGAACCGACCCUGGCGAUUCGAGGGAAUCACCGGAGGACUGAAGCACAACCUCACCUCCCCACUGAUGAAUUCCUCCAUGGAUUCUGGGGUUCACUUUGACAACUUUGUCAAUCUUAACAACUUCAAUGCCAUCGAUUCUUUCUUCAUGCACAACGCCACCUCUAAGUGGGCCAACUCAACCCUGGUCACUGGCAUGAAGUUUGACGGCUUCCGUUCUCUUUUCAAUUUCGAUGAUAUCACCACCAGGCUGAACCACAGCUUCAACUCUACUUUGACCAACUGGACCACCGGAGCCAACUUCAACCUGAAAAACGUCCGUUCCCUAUUUGAGUUUGAGCGUCUUGAUGCUGGGGCUAUGUACAACAUGACCUCUCGCUGGUCGAAUAUCUCAACUGGGGCUGUCUACGUCAUGGAAGGAUUCCGCUCUCUCUUCAACUUCAAUCUCAUAGACGGUAGAGUUACCCACAACAUCACCUCUCCGUGGUCUGUGAUGACUACUGGUGGUCUCCUUCAGCUCAGCAACUUCCGCUCCUUGUUUGAUUUUGAUAGCAUCCAUGCAUCUGGGGAGAACAAGAUGAGCUCUUGCUUGACCAACUGGACCAACGAUGCCAUCAUUGACUUCACCAACUUCCGCUCCCUCUUUAACUUUGACCGCAUUUACCUGCAAGCCGGUAACCGCAUGAACACCACCAUGGCCAACUCUACCAACACCGGUCGCUUUGAGAUCAGCAAUGUUCGCUCUCUCUUCAACUUUGAUGAGGUGAGAUCCUCUGCUGUGCACAAUACAAACACCACAUGGGGCAACUGGUCUGCUGGAGUUGGUAUGGAUCUCGUAAGCUUCCAGUCUCUCUUCGAGUUUCAGGAUGCCGUAUUUGGAGCCAAGCAUGACCUGAAAUCACUUUGGUACAACACCACUACUGAGUCAGAGCUGUCUCUCCAUCAAAUGAGGUCUCCAUUCAACUUCCAGAAGGUGAUGGGAGUCGUCGAGCACAGCACUAACACUUCCCUUGGCAACUGGACAACAUACUCUGGCAUCUCGCUGAAUGAGUUCCAGUCUAUUUUCAACUUCAGGAGCAUCGAUGCUGCUCUUGGCCACAGGAUUGACUCCCGAUGGGUCAAUUGGACCACUGACUACAGCAUGAUCCUUGACGAUGUCAGGUCCCUCACUCAAUUCACCAAUGCCAACAGCGGAUUCUCCACUGUUCUGCACACAAAGUGGGGCAACAUGACCACAAACACCGGUGUUGAAUUUGCUGAGUUCCGCUCCUUGAUGGAUUUUGACAAGAUCACAGCUUUCUACCACACUUUUGUCAACACCAGCAUCCUCAAUGCAACCCAUGUCUUUGAUAAUGAGAUCACCAACUCCAGAGGUCUUUUCAACUUCGACAGGGCUUCCAGCAAGAUGGCCACAAAUGUGACCAGCAUCCUGGGCAAUGUUGAGCUGUACAAUGGCAUCGAGCUUGACAACUUCGAGAGUCUGAUGAGGUUUGCAAAGAUCAACCACACACUCACUGCUAAUGUCACUGCUCGUUACAUUAAUGCCACCACCCUCAGCAAUCUGAUUCUGCAGAACUCCUAUGGUCUCUUCAACUUUGAGAAGUUCAAUUACGAUGGAAAGUCUCUGGUCCAGUCUCGUCUCAUGAAUGUCACUGAACACAGGGCACUGAAGCUGAACAACUUCGCAUCUUUGAAGAAGUUUGAGUCUGUUUCUCUGGAUACACUAACCAAUAUCACUACCCCCAUCACUGUAAUGAAUCUGACACAGUUCUAUGGUCUCUACAACAUGCGUGAUGUCCUGAGUUUCGAGAAAGCUAAUGCCACCAUCGUCUAUGAAGGCAAGGGACCGCUUGGGGAGCUGAAAUUGAAGCACGACCAAGUGAUUGACAACAUGUCUGGUCUCUUCCAGAUUGAGUUUACCAACCUGACACAGGAAGCUAACAUGACCUCUCGCUUCUUCAACCUGACUGCUGUCCACUCUCAGGUGACUAACCAGAUGAAUGGCCUGUACAACUUUGAGCGCAUCAAUGGCAGCGUCAACUACAACCUGAGCAGCCCGGUGGGAACCUUGACAGCUUAUGCAAGCUCAGAUCUGAAUGACUUCAGGAAGCUGUUCAACUUCCGCCUGGUCAAUAAUACUGGUCUCCUAAACUUCACCAGCAGGUACAUGAACCUGACCCACAUUGGCAACUUGGAGUUCAACAACUUCCGCAGCAUGUUUGAAUUUGAUCUGAUCAAUGGUAGCACAAGCACUAACUUCUCCUCUCUCAUCGGAAAGGUGGCUACCGCUUCUGCUGCUGAAUUCAAUGACUUCCGAAGCCUGUACAACUUUGCCCUUGUCCGUGCUAACAACACCGUUAACGUCUCCAGUGCUAUGCUCAAUGUUACCACUGAACAUGGUGUGGAGAUGAACAACUUCAGGAAGAUGUUCAACUUUGAUCGUGUCAAUGCAUCUAGCCGUGUCAAUGUCAGCACUCCUCUUGGAGUUGUCGGCAAUGUUGCUGAGCUUGGCUUCCACAACUUCCGCAGCUUGUUCAACUUUGAGCGUAUCAACUUUACAAACAGCGCCAAUGCAAGCAGCAGGUAUGUGAAUGGCACCAGCCAGACUGAUGUUGAAUUCAACAACUUCACUCGCAUCUUGACCUUUGAGCGCAUCAUUGCCACCACCAAUAACAACCUCAGCACUCCUUUCUUCAACACCACCGGCCAGGCUGGUAUUGAGAUGCACAACUUCUCAAGCCUGUUCAACUUCUCCCGUGUGAAUGCCAGUGUCCUUGCUGCACUGAAGAGCAGGUUCAUCAACUCAUCUGGUGAGGCUGCAGUUGAGUUCCACAACUCUUCCAAGCUGUUCACCUUUGAGCGAAUCAACGCAACAGCCAAGGCUAACGUGAGUACCCCUUUCAUCAACACCACAGCUAUGGGUUACAUUGGCUUCCACAACUUUAGCAGCCUUCUGAACUUCUCCCGCAUCAACUCCACUAUUGAAGCUAACGUCACUAGCCAAUUGGCUAACCUAACGACCAGCGGCAGCAUGGAACUUAGGAACAUGAGUGGCUUCAACAAGUAUGAGCUUCUAAAUGGUACCACACGUGCAAACUUCACCAGCCGACUGGUCAACAUGACAUCUGCCACCAACAUGGAGAUCACCAACAUGACCGGAUUUGCUCGCUUCUUGCGCAUGAUCAACAACGCCAGCCUGAACAUCACCAGCAAGCUCGCCAACCUGACCACUGCAGUCAACUCUGAAGUCAACAACAUGACCGGUCUGAUGAUGUACGACCGCAUGCUGAGUAAUGCCAGCCUCAACUUCACCAGCAAGUUGGCCAAUCUGACUGCUGGCACAGGCAUGGAAGUGAACAACAUGACUGGUUUGAUGGUGUACGACAGAAUCUUCACCAAUGGUAGCUUGAACUUCACCAGCUGUCUGGCCAAGCUUAACAGCUCUGCCAGCAUGGAAAUUAACAACAUGACAGGCUUCAGUAGGUUCCACCGCAUCAUCGCAAAUGCCAGUCUGAAUGUGACAAGCAAAUUGGCUAAUCUGACUACUGGCUCCAACAUGCUCAUCCGCAACAUGACUGGAGUUGGCCAAUUCGAGCACAUCAUGGGCAACGUCAGCCUGAACUUCACCAGCAGACUGGCUAACCUGACCACGCUGCACACCCUCGAGAUGAACAACUUCACAUCUCUCAUCACCUUCCAGAAGAUCAAUGCCACCAGCAGUGUCAAUGCAAGCACCCUGAUCGGUGAUGUUAUAGUGAAGGGAGGUGUUGAGGCUCACAACAUCAACACUUUGUUGACCUUCGACCGCAUCAAUGGCAGCUUUUCCACAGUUGCAAACAGCCUUCUUGCCAACUUGAAUGUUAACGCUGACUUUGGCCUGCAUGAAUUCACCAACUUGACCCACUUUGAAAGAGCCAAUGCCACCCUUGUCUGGGAUCUGGUCUCUGACUACUUCACUGCUGGUCAGAAUUCCUCCAUCACCCUGAGCCAGUUCCGUGGUGUGCGUGUCUUUAACAGCAUCAUAGGUAACACCUGGAUCUUCUUUAACUCCCCGAUGUAUGCCACAGGCAUCCGCACUACCCUGGACGUGGACAAUGCUUUCAACUUCUUCCAAGAAGCAGAGAUGUUUUCUGACCUCAUCUUGAUGGGAAACAAGUAUCAGCUCAUUACGAGGCAGUCUUCUGAUAACGAGCACCUGCUGUUUAAUGUGACCAUCCCAUCCCGAGGCUCCCUCUGCCUAGACAACUACCUGAAUGCAGUCGGUGAUGAGUUCAUCAUGACCCUCUUCCACCAGAUGGAGGAUGUUAAGACAGUUGAUCUGACCUGGCUUCUGAAACUGAACAACACUGGUGUGAUCUACAGCAAUGUCAGCUGGAAUCCGGAGACAGUCCAAGCCAUCAAGGAAUUCAAUGAGAAUGUCUACAUGAACCUCCUAAAGAUGGCUCGUAAUAUCAGCAACUCCACCCAGAGCUACUUGGAGAAGGCACUCAACCAGACCUAUGUAGUAUUCAACCAAACCCUUGAGAUUGCAAACAACACCAUCCGCCUCCUCAACUACACUUACUACAACCCACGUGAAGCUUACGAGACCUUCCGUGAGAGAGAAGAAGUUAAGGAGCUGGAGAAGAAGUUGAAUGAUUCCAUCCAGAAAGUUAAAGAUUACCUCCAGGAGGUUAAUGACACCCUGAGAGACAUCGUCAGCAGGAUGGACUUCACCACUGUGGACUCCACCAUCCAGAGCUUCAAGUCUUUGAGAGAGGUACAAAGGUUCCAGAGGAAACUGAGAGAGGCUAUUGACAGGUACUCUGAGGUGUUCAACACCAAGUAUGAUGAGGCAUUGGAGAAGAUCAAUGAAAUUGUUGAUGAGAUUAUCUUGAUCUCCAAGGAUCCUGAAAAUCCCAUCAAUGCCCUCCUCUUGGAAUGUCUGGACAUGACCAUGAAUGACGUUGCCACUAAGAGCUACGACUUAACCCUCGAGUACGGCAACAUUGCCUACGAAAGAUCUCUGAUGUAUGGUCGCUUGGCAAAGAAUUUCACUCUGUAUUCUGCUGAGUGGGCACUCAAUAACACCAAGAACAUCACCGAAUGGGCCAUCUAUGAAGUCGGUAACUACACCAUCCUUGUUUACAAUAAGACCGUCAAUUUCUCAAAGUGUGCUCUGGAGUAUGCUCUCAACUACACAGACACAAUUAAGAAUGUCUCAUUGAUUGUCCUCGAUUAUGCCAACUACUACAAAGAUUGGGCUGUCAACCAGACUGAGCUGAUUGUUGACAUCUCUAGACCAUAUGUCAUCUGGAUGAUUGAAUACAGCGAGCCGUACAGAGUCAAUGCGAUGGCAUAUGCUAAACAACUUGUCAAAGACACUACCAAGAAGAUGGUCAUUGUCUUCAAGAGGACCGUUGAGCUGGGCAAGUCCACAAUUAAGUAUGCCAAGAAGGGUUACAGAAUGGGAAAGCAGUAUGCCACUGACAUCUCUGUCAGAAUAGUGGAGAUCAGCAAGGAUCCUGAGCAUUUUGUCAACAGGGUUUUGAUGGAGCGCUUCACUGACAGAACCCUCUAUGAAGUUGCCGAAGAUGGUUACAACCGCAUCUCCAGUUUCACUGAUGAGUGGUACAGGAAGGCCGAACAGAUGUACCUUGAUUACUACUACAGGAUUGAGGAGCUGUACCGCACCUACUACUACAGAGUUGAAGAGCUGUACCAAGAUUAUUACCUUAAGUUGGAAGAGUUUGUCCUGGAGACUAUGACCAAACUGGAAACAUUCAGUAUGGAAGAGGACCACUUGCUUAAUACCUAUAUGCGCCAGUACUUUGACAAGAACCUGUAUGAGGUCUACCUGUUGGCUAACGAGCAGUGGACUUCCCUCAGAAGUGAAGCUGAGGUAAUGAAAACAGAGUUCAUGCAGUGGCUCAAAAGAGUUCGCACACAGCCUCUGCAAGUCACCAAGGAUGAGAUCAAGCUUUACUUGCAAGGUAAAUAUGAGAAAGCCCAGGAACUGGUUGAGGAGUUCCUAGCACGUGAGGAUGUCGCCCAGGUUUUGGAGAAGGUCAGGGCAUCGUUAAGGUGGAUGAACCAGACCCGCUUCCAGCCCCUAGAGCAGACGGUUGAGGAGGUGAAGCUGAUCGUGGAAGAGACCCGUGAUAUGGCCCUUGACUUCAUCGAGGAACUCAAGCAGAGGGAGGAGUACACCAAGCUUGUACAGAUGUUCAAUGACUUCUUGGCCCGAGAAGAUGUCAGCAAGACCAUUGAUGUUAUCAAACAGGUGCUGCAGUGGGCCAACCAAACCCGCUUCCAGCCCCUGGAGGAAACGAUUGAGCAGAUCCGGUUUGUCUUGGAAGAGAACUACUACAUCAUCCAAGAUAUGAUCCUGACCUUCCCUGUCGAAUCUAACGUCAGGAAGAUGGUUGAAAUCGCCAAGAUCUGGGCCAACGAGACUGAAGUCUUCCUCAACAAGACCUACAAUGUCACCAUGGAGACCUACUACCUUGUGAAGGAUCUUGCCGAGGAGAAGUACCUGCUUGUCAAGGAGAUUGCCGAGGAGAAGUACCUGCUUGUCAAAGAAUACACUCUUGAGCAGUGGCGUUACUUGAAGGAGGAGACUCCAUACGUUGAGAAGGCCAAGGAGCUUAUUGAGAAGACAAGGGUGUAUGUAGAGGACAAGAUCGACUUCACCAAAGAAUAUGCUGUCCUUGUUAGGGAUUUGACCGUUAGCACCACCAAGGAUGUUAUCACCUAUGUCAAUGGCACCAUGGCAGGAUGGGCCAUCCGUUAUUAUGAGCUUGACCAGCUGCCUUUCCGUGCCUUUGAUCGCUACGUCACAUUUGUCUAUGGCACCAAAGACACCAUCACCUAUAUUGUGCGUGUUGCCAUUGAUGAAAUCCCUUACAUCAUCGACAAUGGCCUGCUCAUCAUCGACAAUGGUUUGAACACCGUAGGGCGAGUGGGCGAGCACAGCUACGCCAUGAACAUCAGCCACCCUCUGUCCUGGGCCAGCUUCCGCGAGACACCUGACCUGACCGAGGAGCAAUGGCGCAUUGUCAUUCAGACCAAAGACAUGAUCGAAGAGAACAUCAUUGAGCCAUCCAUCACCAAGAUCAAGGAGUGGCUUCAGAUCGCCAACGAGACACAGAGGGAGAUCCGUACUUACAUCAAGGAGGUAUACGACACCAACAAGCCAAUCGUUGAGGGGCGUCUGGAAGAGCUGAAACAGAAGAUCCUUGAGCUGAAGCAGAACAUCAGCGAGGAGUACAAGAAGCUGCCGACCCUUGAGCAACUGAGGAACUUUGAUCAGCUGGCUGAGAAGUACCCCAUCCUCUUGGAGAUCAAGGCCAAUCUGACUGACCUGAAGGAAAAGAUCCAGGACAAGAUCCCCACUGUUGAAGAGCUGAAGGACAAGUGGACCGAGCUGAAGCAGACAGUCAAAGACUACAUCCCCACCAUGGAAGAGAUCGAAGGCAACUGGACCAUCCUGAGACAGAAUAUUGAGGGUAACUGGACGAUGUUGAGAGGCAACCUCGAGGAGAAGUGGAUCCUGUGGUCAGACUACAUCCAGGGCAACUACACCCUGCUGAAGGACACCAUCACAGAGAGGUACCCGAUCUGGAAGGAGAACACCAUUGAGUUCCUGAGGAAUGUCACUAAUAAGAUGGAAGAGAUCUAUCAGCUUGUCCUGACGGAAUACCCCAAUGCUCGCGAGCAUGCCGUGCGUUUCAUUGAGUUCAUCAAGAACAAGACCCUGGAGAUCCGUGACGAACUCGAGACCAGACUUCCCAUCCUCUAUGAGAAGACCAAGGAGCUUGCCCAGGAGUACUACGACUUUGUCCAAGAGCAGUACCCAGUCUACCUGGAGAAGACCAAAGUGACCGCCCAGGAAUGGAUCGACUACAUCCGGGAGCAGUACCCCAUCUACAUGGAAAGGGCCAACGAGUUGGUCCAGGAAUGGAUCGACUACGUUGAGGAGCGUUACCCAACCUACGUGCAGAAGCUGAGAGAUUGGGCUGAGGAGAUCCGCAACAUGAUUGAGGCUGAGUAUCCCCAGUACCGCGAGAAGAUUGAGCAAGGCAUCGAGAAGAUAAAGGAAUUCUUUGAGUACCUGAAGACCCUUCCCAGGAUGAUCCCAACUGACCAGAUCUUGGCGCUGCGCUACUACCGGCCAUUCAGCUCUGAGUCGACUGCUAUGGUGUUUGAUGAUCUCCACAUCCUGACCUUUGACAGCCACCUCUAUGAGCACCCUGGCUACGUUGAUCCCGAGUGCACGUACGUCAUGGCCACCGACUACAUUGACAACAACUUCACUUUGUUCAGCAACCAGUACAACAUGUUCCUGGCUCUGAAGGGAGUGCACAUGAAGAUCAGCAGAGGCAACGAAGUCUUCUUCAAUGGCGAGGAAAUUCCCAAGAACAUCCCCUUCCAGUCAGCUGACAAGAGUGUGACGAUUGUCCACGAUGGCCCAUGGGUGAAUGUCACCUCCACCUAUGGCAUCAAGCUCUUCUGCAACUCUGAGCGCUUCCUGUGCACCAUCUCCCUCAGCUCCUGGUACCAUGGCAAGACACGGGGUCUCCUGGGCAACCUGGACCGUGAGGCAAGGACCGAUCGCAUCAAGCCCAACGGAGAGAACGCAACCAGCCUGAUCGACUUCAUCAACGCGUACGAGACCACCGACCGUCCGCAGUGCCAGAUCACUCGCUACAACCACCCAGCCAGUGACAUCCUCGGCUGCAACGAGGAGAAUCGCAACAUCCUGAAGGCUCAGUGUGCUGAGUAUUUCAGUGAGGACAACUCUCCAUUGCAGGCAGCUUUUGAGAUGCUCAGCCCAACUGAAUGGAAGCAAGAGUGCAUCAGCCACGCUGAGGAGUGCAGAGAUAUCUGUGCACUUACCUUCGGUUAUGUUGAGCUUGCUCGCUCCAAGAACAUCGGCAUCAUUGAUCCUUGUGAACAAUGCGUUGAUCGCCCAAGGGAUUCCAUAUGGAUUGAAAGCAAGGUUGUCUACGGUGCUGACAUCAUCUUCACCAUCUCCGAGAACGAGCGCUUCCGAGGCCCAGAGAUGAUGCGCAAUCUGAAGAGCCUGGCCAACAAGCUGGAGAAGACCCUCAGCAAAUCUCCGCUGACCGAUAACCGCUAUGGACUGGCAGCCUUCGGCGGUAUUGAUGUCCACGAGGGGGCUCACUCACACUCCAUCCACGGCCAACUCAUCAACAGGGCUAAUCGCAUGUCAGAAGGCCUGGACAGCCUGGAGUUCAAUGGUACCUACCCAACUGAUGCCUUUGAUGCCGUCAAGUUGGCCUCGGACUACAAGUUCCGUCCAGGUGCUGCUAAGGUUAUCAUCCUCAUCGUUGAGAGUGAGCGUCAGUACGAGAACUCCCGCUACAACUUGACCGAAAUCCAAAGGUACUUGACUUCCCGCGGCAUCGUGUUGUACGUCGUCUCCGACUACGAGUCCCUCCAGAAGAAGUCCUACUCUGGGGCACCGGUGGGCAUCCAGUAUGAUAACACCAUCAUCUCAGCCAAGAAGGAUGCCAAGGAUUCCAAGAUCACCAAGUUCCUGGAUAUCCCAACUGGAAACUACGCCAAGCUGGCCAUUGCCACACGCGGCUCCAUCUUCCGAUUGGACAUGUUGAGGGCUGGCAGUGAGGACCUGCUAACGAUGCUGCCUAAGACCGUACGCAACGAUGCCGUCCCCAUCAUGGCCGGUGAGGUGCAGCGACAGUGCACGUGCGUCAUCAACCCGUACGGACUCGCAACCAUCGAGUGCCAGAACCUCUGGAUCUAAGCCUUAACCUUAAAUAAAACUUUCAAAUACCCAAACGACCUCUGACUUCUAACAAACGAUUAACUUAAAAUGAAGGUUUUUAAGUGAAGAUAAGGUGCUGCAUAUUAGUAGGAACAAAACAGGUCGUAUCGAUUUUCACAUAUUUGUUAUACAAAGAUGUGGACGAUGAGUUGUUAACAUGGACGAAUGAACUGUAAAAAAGUAUAAGAGAAAAGCCUUCGUUUUGACGAUUUGGAUUGGUGUAAACUUGUUAAGUAAAAAAUUUCUUCAACAUCUUUCAGAAAAAAAACUGUCUUGAUUUGGUGAUUUGAGUGUUAAUUUAAUGCAAGUAUUUAAGUUGUGUGGUAUGUUAUCUUAAUGCUGUUUCUUUUAGGCAAGGUAUUACCUCUAUUCUUUAACAUUUUUACUUUGUAGCUCAGAAAGAACUUAAACCACAUCUAGUGAUCUCGGAAGGUGUUCAAAAUCCAUUUAACGUUGCACUUUUUACAUACAUAGUCAAAGCACAGUACUUUAUAUCCGCUAGUAGUUAGAAAACUAUCCCAAAAAUUCGAGUUUCAAUCUUGUAGACUAUAGACACUGAUUUCAAAAUAAGAUCUCCGUUUUUCUCUAUGUUCUUGGAUUACCUUGCCUUACAAAUUGACUAUCAAUGCAAUUAGAAGUUAUGACGAACUAAAGGGGAAUUGUGAAGGGAAUUAAAGAACACGGGUUUUAAUAAAUGUUUUCUUGCAAGCAUUAAUUUGACUAAUACCCUUUUCGCUAGUUUCUUUUGUACUUUUGUGGCUUAUGUUAUUUAAGUUAAAGACGUAAAAAAAGGUAAUUUCAUAUCAAUAAAAGUUUCUUUCCUUGCAAGCUAAAA